AGCAACUUCUCAGUUCCACUUGUCGGGAAGGUCCACCAACUCGUUGUAAACUUGUAGCAACUACCGAUAUUAGCGUUAGCGGUACCGGUAUCAAUCCAACAGCAACUUCUAGUUCUACUUAGGUAACUCCACAGAUCAGUCAGAAUUACAUUAACAUCGCUUUACACAGCAAAACCUACCACGCCCAGAGGAUACCACCAAUCAUCAAAAUGGCGGGAUCCAUCCGUAAGAAGUUGACCAGCGUGGCGCUGGUGGCGGCGGGCCUCAGCAAUUUCAACGUCGUCAGUGGACGCAAGUUCCUUUCUGCAGCAAAUGCAAAUAAUGGAGCAGCAGCAGAAGUAGAGCACGGGCAGCUGCAACCGGGGGGAGGGGCAGAAGUCAUCAGCGCGGCUGUCGCGACUUCUCAAGAACCCGAACCCGUCGUCGAGCGGCAUGCUCGUUAUGACGCUUCUGUCGCUUCUUCGAGUAUGAGUCGUGAACAAGCAGAACAAGAUGUUGAGAUGAUGCCCGAGGAGGACGCGGAGCACCAGGACGCUCCUGUUUCAUCUUCCCCUGCUGUCAUCGAGGAGGAUCAGUGGAACCAGCAAGGGUUCUUCGCCGAGCCCGUCGAUGCGCAGGCCGACGAGCAGCUCGCUCCUACUGCCGUCAUGUCGACUGACGGUCAGGAAGCUCGUGCUCUUGAUGACAUCGAAGCAGAGCGUCAACAUGCUCAGAGAGAAGCCGAAGAGAUGAUGGAAACAGCUCCUUUGCUACCCGCACAGGCAGUCUCUGAGGAAGAACCCGCUCAGGCUGCUGCGCCAGCAUCUGAUUCUUUUGUUGAAGACGCAGGACAGGAAGUAGAUCCGUUGAAGCCCGAGUCGGCAGAACCGGAGUCCGCUGAGACGAUGGAAGGCUCGGAGUCGCAGACUGUGAGUGAAGAACCCGUCGUCGAGCUGCAUGCUCAUGAUGCUGCUCCUGUCGACGCUCCUCUUUCUCAGGUGGAGCCGCCGCUUACGAGUGAAGGCGAAGAUGUUGAGAUGACGUCCGAGCAGGGCAACGCGGAGCACAAGGACGUUCCUGUAGUUUCUUCCCCGGUCGUCGACGAAGAGCAGCAACGGGAGCCGCAAUGGUUCGCCGGCGCGCCCAUGGUCCAUGCGCAGGCUGAAGAGGAAGCUCCUACGGGCGCCAUGUCGACUGACGGUCAGGAAGGAGAUGGCGAAGUCGAUGCUCAACUUGUUGAACGAAAGGAGGAAGACGAAGAGAUGGAAACAGCUGCUCCUUCGCUACCCGUACAGGGGGCAGUCUCUGAGGAAAAUAAACCUGCUGAGGCUGCUACGGCAUCAUCUUCUGGUCCUGUUCAAGACGCAGGAGAGCAGGCUUCGUUGACCGAGCCGAAGCCGGCGGAGCAGAAACAAUCCGCUGAGCCGAUCAUGGAAGGCUCUUCAGGGUCGCAGACUGGUGACGAAGCUGUUACGAUCACGAGCCGUGGGGCCGUUUUGAUGGAAAGCGGACGCGCCCAGGCCCUGCACAUGUGUGAGCAGGCACAACGCGGCACCAAACGCGCUUUCCUUGCUGUACAGUCAGAAUGCCGGUCGAAGGUUCGAGCGCUAUCGGAACGGGCGCGGGGUCGCGCUGCCGAGGCACACGCAGCUGCGAGAGAGUUUCACGAAAACAAAACUCGCCCGUUCCUCGCGAGCGCCGCGCAGCUGAGCUCCAACGCGGGUACCAAAGCCUCUGAAGGGGCUGCGGCGCUUCGGGAAAGCGUCGCGCAGCUGAGCUCCAACGCGGGUACCAAAGCCUCUGAAGGGGCUGCGGCGCUUCGUGGACACGCCGUGCAGGCAAGGGGAGCCCUCAACCGAGCCUGCGACCGUCGUCGUCGGUCCCGCUCUCCUCGCGGAAGGGCUCGUGCUGCUGAUGAAGGUGUUAUGACGGCCGAGGCGGAUGAGCGUGCGCAGGAAGAGGAACAACCUGCAGCUGAACCGUAACUAAAUUUUGAUACUCCAAGUAGCGCCAGGCUUACUUUCGCCUGCGGGUGGUCCACAAGUGUGCAUUUGUAGCGCCGGGCGACUGGUGUUGUAGUUGCGCACUGAGUAUGAGUUUGUAAUCUGCAGCUACAAAACAAAGCUCAAGAAAAAAGACAUAGACCGCAAGCUGAGCGGCCGCAAGGUACACAAACUCUACUUUCCGACGUGUGGGCUUGAGUGCGUAUCUUCCGCGUUUUUGUAAGUCACAUAAUAAAACUGCGAUGAGCAGACAAUGAAGACGAAGAUGUAUGAUAAAUGAGGAUGUAUGAUGAAUGCUCUACGUCGCAUGGUGGACAUGACCUUCGAUUUUCGAGUCAUGCAGUAGAGGCAAAUAUUAUGAUGUAUAAUUCCCGAUUUUUUUGUUGUAGUUGGUGUAGAAUUUAUUUAGCAUCUUUUACCCUUCACCGUUAUCUCCCAUAUCGGACCGAGUCUAGCGAUCCCGAUCCUUCGUGGCGAUUGCGCUUCUCAGAAGUACUUUAGGACAAUCAUGCAGAAUAAAAACUACUGCCUUAUUCGUAUUCCUAUGCACGCGAGCACGGAGUAGGGCAUCGCUGUUGGCUUACUCUCCGCCUAGUCAUUCUUUUUCUGUCAUAUUGAACUAACACGGCCCAACCUUCCUAUUCUAAAAACCUGGAAACCAUCAUCGGAAGACUGUUUUCCAUUUUGUAUGACAACUGUAUGAUGAAAUGAUAAUGAUGAUGAAGGUAGCAAUGACCCCGACCACAUCAAUUCUCCUAAGACGAAAAAACUCGAC